AUGGACGCAACAAAAGCAAGAGCGUCGUCUUAUGUCUUGCGAGGCCGCGAGAACAAUGAGGAGGCACCGGUGUACUGUGCUUUUUCCGAGAAAGAGAAGAUCAGAUCUGUCGCAGUUGCGUCGAUGGUUACAUUCCUGAGCCCCGUCUCCGGCAGCAUAUACUAUCCAGCAUUACAGUCCUUGUCCCAAGACCUUGGUGUGUCCAUAAACACUAUCUAUCUGACCAUAACAGUGUAUAUGAUAUUUCAGGGGUUUACUCCUCUCCUAACGGGUACUUUAUCGGAUCAGAAUGGCCGCCGUCCGGUGUUUGUCGCCUGCCUUAUUGUGUACAUUGGUGUGAAUAUUGGACUGUGUGUACAAGACAGCGUGCUGAUACUCUUUGUCCUUCGAUGUCUGCAAAGUGUUGGUAGUAAUGGUGUCUCAGUCGUGGCCACUGCCACCAUCGCAGACCUAAUCACGCGUGCAGAGCGAAGAAAAUACAUGGCUUACGGAUCGCUUGGGUUUACCUUCGGCCCCGCCGUGGGCCCUGUGCUAGGCAGUGUCCUCACGCAGUUCCUGGGAUGGCGUAGUAUCUUCGCCUUCCUCGCAAUUGUGGCAGCCACGCUCCUCACCCUAAUACUUGCCUUUCUGCCCGAGACCUGCCGCGCCAUGGUGGGCAAUGGCAGUGUUCCUGCGCCCUGGUGGAACAGAUCUUGUCUUCAGUGGCUGCGACUUUCGUUUCAGUCUGGCACAAUCGCAGAGGAUCGAGGAACGCUAGUCUCCCCUUGUCACCGGCCGUCCCUCUGGGAUAGCAUCCGGAUCACACGACAGAGAUCGACGGGGCUGUUGAUCCUGGCCAGUACAACUCUCUCCAGUGGCUCAACUGCUAUCUUGGCUAACAUUCCUGCGCUGUUCGAAGAUCACUACCGCUUCAAUGCACUUCAGGUUGGGCUCUGCUAUCUCCCUGAUGCAAUUGGUGCUCUGUCAGCGCCGUGGACCGUGGGCACCCUGGCGGAUCGCAACUUUCGGCGAUGCUGUCGCUUGGCAGGCAUCACAGUCGCCCGAAACCAGCAGACUCCCCAGCAGCUGCUAUCAAUGCCACUGGAGAAGGCGCGCUUGCAGCUGAUGCUGCCUCUGGUCUACGUAUCUGCGGGUGUCCUGACCAUUUAUAGUUGGGUGAUGCAAAUGAGAGUACACGUUGCGGGCCCCUUGAUUCCGCUGUUCUUUUUAGGAAAUGUCAUCUCCGGUGCUCGUAAUAGCCUGGCUAUGUUGAUCAUCGAUAUACACGCCCAGCGGCCGGCGACUGCUAGUGCAUCCCUUGCUUUCUUCCGGUCGCUGGCGGGUGCUGGCGUGGCGGCGGCGAUGGUGCCCUUGAUCAAGGCCAUCGGCAUUGCAUGGACAGGUACCCUAGUUGCUGCAACCUGGUUGAUAGUAUCGCCAACAAUCUUCACCAUGCAUCGCUAUGGGCACAACUGGCGGCGGAUGGACAACUCUUCCAAAUCUUAA